AUGAAGGAGAAGAGAAUUAGAAAAAUCAAUGCGAAACAAACUUUCUCCGAUCACAAGGUUGAAGCUGAAGAGACAAAUCCAAAAGUUUCUGCUGUUCCGAAUAAUUUUGAUCUUGAUCGGGUUCCAAAAACCAUUCAGCCCUUUCUACAAAAAGUCUUAGAAAGCUCUAUCAAUACAGGAGAGAUUCCAGCCAGCCUCUUUCCACCAUCCUCAGAAAACGAUCACAACAUUAUUCCACACAAUAGCUCGGUCUCAUGGCCAAUUCUCAAACCAGAUGCCAAAAACAAUAUCCUUCUUUAUCCAGGCUCUUUCAACCCACCCCACCAAGGUCAUCUAGCCACGAUCCGCUAUUUUUCAGAGCGUCGCGAGCAACUCGGUAUCACCACUAUGUUCCUCUUCGUGGAUCCUGGCGCGAUUAUCAAUAGCAAAAAGAAGAAAUGGGGUGACGUUAUACUUCCACAAAACUUCCGCUACGAACUUUUCUACAAAGUCCCCGAAAUUUCUCAACUCGUUGCAUCUGGAUGGCUUCAGCUCCUGGUUGGAGAUAUGAAUAAUCAUAUUAAAGUUCUACAGGCGACAACUGAUUUGGUUUCGGAAGCUGGAUAUGCUGUUAAGUUGGUCGGAAUUUUGGGUGGGGAUAAGUUGACGGUAGAGAGCGCGCCACAUACACAUCCGGGAUGUUUGCAGGACUGGGGUCCGGUUGAUGAGUUUCUCAUCAUUAAUUCAAGAAGACCAGUUGAUUUCUUUGAUCCAAAGAAAGAAACGGUUCCAAGAGACUUACCGGGUUGUACAAAUUGGAAGAGAGGUACGGAGAAGUGCGAUGAGAAAGAGGGAGCUAUCGACGAUGGAGCCGGUGUUCUAUGGACAUGCCAGACCUUGACCGUUCCUAGAAAGCCGAUCAUACAAUUUCGUGCCUCACAGCACAGCGCGUCAAAUGGUGUUAGUUCAACUAAGAUUCGACAGAUUAUGACCGAGGCACUCGAUGAAAAGCUCAUGGAGGGACUAAAGGAUAAAGUCAUUAGUGCAGAGUUUUUUGGUAGAGUGGUUGAUACUUCAGCGUAA